UUUAAUUAUGAUUAAAACUAGUAAAUGCAAAAAUUUUUAUAAAUGAAUCCAGUUUAUGGUCCUGAUUUUUUUUUUAUCAGAAACGAAGUUAUUAUUUUAGCUUUAUACUUUAUAACGUAUGAGAAAAACGCGACGAGGAUUAUUCAGUCAUUCAAAAAUUUAUUACCCAGUUUAAUAACUGACUUAGCAAAGUCAAGUUAUUAAUUUAUAUGCGAUAGAAAUAUUAUUUCUAUUAUCUACUAGAAGUCGAUGAAUUAUUCCGACUGCAACGCAGAUUAAAUCUACGGAUUUAAUUUAAGUUAUAUUACAGUUUAUUAAGUUAGCAGGCAAGGAAAAAGAUAUCAAGCAAGAUACAGAAAUGCGAUGAUUGAAAAUCGAAGCCAGUAUUUAUUUACAGUUCACAGAUUACAGGCUAGUUCCCAGCUUGGGGAAAAUCGUUUAGUAUAUUACAAAAACAAAAGCUCUUCAAUCAAUUAGAGUUUAAAUACAGUUAUUAUUUCAAUCUUUUGCUAAUGAUGUACACGUCUUUACUCCCCACUUCUCCACUCCACCAAUUUCCCCACCACACUCAAAGUAUCAGCACCAACACCAACCCCACCUCACCAAACAUCCCACUCCACCAACUACAUUAUCUUUUGCUCCCCACCAAAUCCUUCUCCCUUCUUACUCAAUAGAUCGCCAGUGGAGCUGUUUAAGAAAAUCCAAUUCGUAUAUUCCAACAGAAUGUUUACAGCAAGCUCAUGCCAACAUCAAAACCAAGUUUCACACAGAAAAAAAAAACACCCGAAAUAACAUCUAUAAUCUCCGAGAUCUCCUUAUUCAAACAGUAUAUGCCAACAAAUUUUCACCAAGAAGAAGAAAACAGAUCAGCCAAUCAAGCACAAAUAGACAAGGUCAAGCGCGAGAGUAAGAACUACUCAAGGAGUCAAAAUACCUUAGCAAAACCUUGCUAUCAGGUUGAGCUGUGAUGGGCGAUGAAGUGUUGUUGCUGAGUGGAGUUUUUGUCGAACUUAAAGUAGGCUCAGAAAGGAUACAUGUCUUCAUACAUGUAUCACAGUUAUGCUUUCCGCUGUAAACACUGAUUAUUUCAGUUACGCCUUCCGUUGCAAACUCUGAUAAUGUUUUAGCCAAGCCCCUAAUGAUGCCUUUUUCCUUUUUAAGGAAUAUUUCACGCGUAUUCAAGCUCUUUGAGUAUUCUUUAAUGCACCCCUUUCUAAACCGCUUCUUAAUUUCCCUUCCCCAGUCAUGGUUUUCCCGGAUUAAUUAUCCUUAAUUAAGGUCGGUCGUGACAGAGUGGUAUCAGAGCAGAUCAUUUGCUCUGAGCCUAAGAUUUUAUUUAAGCCAAACUUAGAAUGGAUCACUAAAGUGUCUAGAGUUCAAUCGACAAAGCUCAGCACUUCAUCGUAUCACACUCAACGAAGCAGAAUGGUAUGCUCUUCCAAGUUUUGAGUUAAUGUUUACAAAAAGUGAAAAUUAUCGUAAUAGCAAAGUGAGUAACUGUUAAUAACUAUGUUAUGUUGUUAUUGAAUGAAAUGAUUUACGCAAGCGCGAUUAAGUAUGCCUAUGGAAUGAAUCCCUAUGAACAUAGAGCUAUUAAGAUAUGAGAUCACCACUACGACAGAACAUAGAAGCAAACAUAGAAAAAAAUUAGAUUGUAUCUUUUGGUGGCUAUAGUGAAGGAAGCAAGAUAAGUGAUACGUAUAGAAAAAAAAAUUUCUUAAGCUGAUGAUAUUAUAGCCACUAUAAAUCUCCAUGACUUAUGCUUAAGUAUCCAGUUUAGAUGAUGUGAUAAUAUAUGCUUAAGGAUUGUUAUGACUCAUAGAUUUGAGAUGCUAAGGACCCUUAAAGCUUACUACAUCAAUGAUCAAUGAUGUCAUUGGAGUCAUGACUUGUUUACAAGUUAUAUUAAGUUGACAUUUACAAGAAUUCUUAUGAGGCUUGUAUUAGAUUAUGCUAGAGUGUACUAAUUGGCACAUCUUUGCUAUCAGAAUGCCGCCUAAGAGAGGACGCCCUGCGAAAAACAAUAACAAUCGCAGAAACCGUAACGCUGUACCCGAAGAACCACAAGAUGCUCGAGGACAUAACCCAUCCCCUCCGCCCCCGACUAGGAGAGUCGAAGAACUCUUUUUAAGGCAGAACCCACCUACGUUUGACGGAACGAGUGAACCGGCUGAAGCUGAGAUUUGGGUGCGUGCAAUGGAACGCAUUUUUAACUUCCUACGUUGUACUGAUGAGGAGCGCCUAUCUUGCGUCUCAUUCCAGCUAACAGGAUCAGCGGAUUUCUGGUGGGAAGCACGUCGAAAAAUUCUGACACCUGAACAAUGGGCAAGUUAUACUUGGGAAGAUUUUAAGACAGGAUUAUAUGAUAAAUAUAUUCCGAAAAGCUAUAGGAAGAAGAAAGAAGCUGAGUUCUACGAGUUAAAGCAAGGAAAGAAAUCUGUGGUUGAAUACGACAAGGAAUUCUGCAACCUGUCUAGGUUUGCUCCGCAACAAGUGGACACAGAUGAGAAGAUGGCAGAGAAAUUUUGUGCCGGUCUGCGACACGAGAUCAGGAUGGCUCUAGCAAGUCACGGAGGACUCUCAUACACGGAGUCUCUGAACAGGGCACUUGACAUUGAAGCUGCAAUGCCGUCGGACAAGUCAGCCCCAUUGUUGAUCUCGACGCAAAAAGACUUACCAAUAGCCUCACAUACUCUCAAAGGGAAGCGCAAGUGGGACAACAACGAAAACAAUAUCAAUCAGACUAGUAAGAAAGUGUGGCAAGAAAAGGAACGGGCCGAACAGUUUAUUCAACCAAGGCACGAGGCACAGACUAACCUCGAGCCAACUGGGGAUAGCCAAGGUCAGAGAGGAAUUUCACCUUGCCCAAAUUGUGGUAAGAUGCAUAGGGGUAUCUGUCGGGCUGGAACUAACGGUUGUUACAAUUGUGGCCAAAAAGGUCACUACUCCACGCAAUGCCCCCACAAAUAACGAGGUUCAGCAAUUGAGAACACCCACACCCCCUUGCCAGCAAUACGCGGACACUUGCGUAAUCAGCCUCAAUCACAUCAGUGAAAAUCUUAUGGAGACAUCGCAGACAAGAGAAGUUACGCGGGAACUUGAAGACAAGAUGAAGGAAAAAUAUCCCGAACUGUUUUAGCAGAGAUAUGCAAAUUUCGGGACGAAAUUUUUGUUAAGAGGGGUAGUAUGUAGUAGCCCGCUCUUUUAAUUAUGAUUAAAACUAGUAAAUGCAAAAAUUUUUAUAAAUGAAUCCAGUUUAUGGUCCUGAUUUUUUUUUUAUCAGAAACGAAGUUAUUAUUUUAGCUUUAUACUUUAUAACGUAUGAGAAAAACGCGACGAGGAUUAUUCAGUCAUUCAAAAAUUUAUUACCCAGUUUAAUAACUGACUUAGCAAAGUCAAGUUAUUAAUUUAUAUGCGAUAGAAAUAUUAUUUCUAUUAUCUACUAGAAGUCGAUGAAUUAUUCCGACUGCAACGCAGAUUAAAUCUACGGAUUUAAUUUAAGUUAUAUUACAGUUUAUUAAGUUAGCAGGCAAGGAAAAAGAUAUCAAGCAAGAUACAGAAAUGCGAUGAUUGAAAAUCGAAGCCAGUAUUUAUUUACAGUUCACAGAUUACAGGCUAGUUCCCAGCUUGGGGAAAAUCGUUUAGUAUAUUACAAAAACAAAAGCUCUUCAAUCAAUUAGAGUUUAAAUACAGUUAUUAUUUCAAUCUUUUGCUAAUGAUGUACACGUCUUUACUCCCCACUUCUCCACUCCACCAAUUUCCCCACCACACUCAAAGUAUCAGCACCAACACCAACCCCACCUCACCAAACAUCCCACUCCACCAACUACAUUAUCUUUUGCUCCCCACCAAAUCCUUCUCCCUUCUUACUCAAUAGAUCGCCAGUGGAGCUGUUUAAGAAAAUCCAAUUCGUAUAUUCCAACAGAAUGUUUACAGCAAGCUCAUGCCAACAUCAAAACCAAGUUUCACACAGAAAAAAAAAACACCCGAAAUAACAUCUAUAAUCUCCGAGAUCUCCUUAUUCAAACAGUAUAUGCCAACAAAUUUUCACCAAGAAGAAGAAAACAGAUCAGCCAAUCAAGCACAAAUAGACAAGGUAAACACUAGGCUCAGCUCAUUCAAUCCAUUCGUUUUUCAUCCAACAAGCAUGAUCGAUUAAAGGAUACUAAGCAUACAAUGAGUAUAUUCAUAAAGAGACUUAGCAAACUCAUAUGAUCUUUAGGCAGAAAUCAGUUUAUGCUAUAUUUUCUUAUCACACGAGGCAAGCAAGGAAAUUUCUUGAUACAUUAGUAAACCACGAACUUAGUUUUAUCUCUUGCAUAAUCAAUUAUAGAAAUACCAUAAUUCAAUAGAAAAAGGGAGAGAGUGAGGCUUGAGCCGGUUCUUGAGCAGAGGACAGAUUUCAGCAGCAUCUCCUGCUGCCUCGGCGGAAAUUGCGUGACAACAGCAGCAGCGUCACGAACGAAACAACGGCGCUGAAUCGCUGAUCUUCCACAAACGGUGGAGAUGGCGGCAGAACCAUGGCGGCAGAGGCGGAAAAGAAACAAGGCUCGACUCCCCGCCUGCUUUGACAUCUGAAUCGGGACCGGAACGGAGGAAGAAGGCGGCGUGACGCAACUCGAACCUCAUCGGGACCCCAAACAGCAACAACGAUCCAAGGACAGCAGCGGAUCGGCGAGCCUUUCACCUGCCGCCGGGAGGAACAGCGGCACCAUUCCAAGGGCAGCAGCGGCGCGAUGAGGGCGUCGGACACUCCCCUGCUCGCCGGCCUUCACAAGGCGGCGGCGGAACUUCAGCGUGAGGGAGAGAGACCGGAACCGAUGGCCGCUGAACAACCGAGGAAGAGGGCCGAUCAGAUCUUGGCCGAGAAAGAGAGAGAGCGGCCGGAAGGAGAGGAGGCCGACGGGCUCCAGGCCGGAGCAACGCCGCUCCCAGACGGCGACCGGCCGCCCAAUUUCGAAAGGGUAGCAGCAACAGCAGCGCUAAUUCCUUGAGAAUCAGGGCUCGAUGUUAGGGGAGGAAAGAGGACGGCGCCGAGGCUGAGGCGCGUCGACAGAUGACGCCGGCUGAAGUCGCGGCGGCGGACGCCUCGUGUGAAGGCGAGUCGAGAGUGAGAGGGAGAAGAGGCGUGCGGCUGGUUUGAGAGAGAAGGAGAGUGUC